ACAACGAACCGGAUCCGUUUCCGUUCGCCCUCGACGAACAGUUUUUCACUGCGUAAGCCAAAAACACACAAAACUUUACACAACGGGUGGCAACGGGGCUUAGAAAGCCUUCGCCCGGCCAUCAAUCGGGCGCCGUUCUGCCAGUCACGGUACAAACGAUUUUACAGUGUCACGAGCGGUGAAAAAGUCUAUCUAAAAAAAAAAUGUUACACCCAACUAUCGAACCAAACCCCACGUGAGGGAGUGAUCUGAAGAGCAAUGUUGCGACACUAACAAAGAAAAAAGCAUGCCAAACAGUGUAAUCUCAUCCGGCAUACAUUCGCGCCGGUAAAAAGCGCGAUUGAAAGCGUGAAAAUCAGUGCUUUUCCAGUGUUUGUGUGUGAGAGCGUGUGUGCAAGUGCAUGUGCACUCUGCUAAAGAGAAAGUGAAGCUUCCCGGCUAACCCCCCCUCGCAGUGAAAGUGUGCGUGUGUGUGUGUUUGUGUGCUUGUGCCUGUGCGUCUGUGUCUGUGUGCGCUUUCACCCCAUUGAUGUGCUUGUGUGUGCGUGCGCCCGUUAGCAGGAAGCUUAGCGUGAGGGAAAAUGAUGUUGAAACGUGAUUAUCUCCGGUUGAUUCGUUGUGAGUUUUGAAUAAUCAACCCGAAAGCCCGACGAGACCCGCCGGAUCCCGUUACGCAACCACCACACCCCCUGGCAGAGCGGUGUGGAAAACGACGGUGCAAAAUCUUUGCCCAACUUGGGCAUCCCGGGGUGGUGUGCGUGUGUGUGUGUGUGUGUGUUUGUCCGACUGAGCCAUUCGUGAAUUUUCCACCACCACCAAGGUUUUGAGUUUUCGCUGCUUUUCUGUGUCUGUGCGAGUUUACGGGGUUUGCGUUGUUUGGGGCUGUUUGCUACGUACCAUGAAACCGGCGGCAGCGCGAAGCAUCACACUGGCAGUCACGCUGGUAAUGCUGGCUAAUCUCGCCCGUGCACAGAUCGACUGGGCGGAGGACGACGAUGAUCCAGUGUCUACAGUGACGGUCGAGGCAGUUCUCGGGCGAACGGCGACCUUGCCGUGUGACAUCGAACCGGAGGAGCUGAACGAUCGGGUGUACAUGGUGCUGUGGUUUCGGGAAAGCGCAGGCAAACCUUUGUACAGCUACGACGUUCGGGGGAGACAAUUCUCCAAGGCCCUGUACUGGUCGGAAACGAGCGCCUUCGGACCGAGGGCGUACUUUGUGACGAUCUCGAAACCGGCCGCCCUCAGUGUGGACAACAUCCAGCUCGAUGACGAAGGGGUGUACCGGUGCCGGGUGGAUUUCCAGAACUCGCCCACAAGAAAUCAUCGCAUCAACCUAACCGUAACCGUGCCACCGCAUCAGAUACUCGUGUACGACGCGUCCGGGCUGGACGUGACCGGUGCCAUCGGGCCGCUGCAGGAGGACGACAACCUGGUGCUUACCUGUGAGGUCCGCGGAGGACGACCCGAACCUACCGUCACCUGGCUGAACGGGGACGAGAUCAUGCAGACCGGCGGCGGCAUCUCGAUGGGCCGGCACGUCACGGUCAAUCGGCUGGAAAUACCGAAAAUGACACGAUCGGCACUGAACAAUACGUACAAGUGUCAGGCAUCGAACACCAAGCUGGUACCACCGGCCGAGCGCAGCAUACGGGUGGAUAUGUUGCUCAAACCACUCUCGGCCUCACUGUCAUCGAAGCCGAAACAAUUGAUAUCGAACCAGGAGUACGUGCUGGCGUGCAAUGUGGCCGGUUCCGUGCCGGAAACGGACAUCAAAUGGAUGCAAAACAAUCGGCCGUUCACGAAGGGAAAGAUAAAACUCAUCAAUAACAGCUCGAUGGUGUCGUCCGUGCUGAGCUUCCGGCCCCAUCCCGAUGACGAUGGCACAAUUCUCAAGUGCGAAGGUUCCAAUCCACGCCUACAAAACUCCGUCCUCGAGGACUCGGUCAUCAUGAACGUGCUCUAUCCACCGCAAGUGACACUGUCGCUGGGAUCAACGCUUAAUCCCGACGACAUCAAGGAAGGCGACGACGUCUACUUCGAGUGUCACAUUAAGGCAAAUCCGAGGGAGCAUCGCAUUACAUGGUCACACGAUGGUCUACCUGUCACGCAGAACGUCACCUCCGGUGUCAUCAUCUCGACGCGGUCGCUGGUGCUGCAGCGUGUUGGAAGGUUUCACUCCGGCAGUUACGCCUGUGCCGCGGCCAACGAUCGUGGCGAAACGCAAAGCGAUCCGGUUGCCCUCAAAAUACACUUUGCACCGGUUUGCAUAUCAAACAGUAUCAUGAUCGUGGGUGCAUCGCUGGACGAAACCGUUCCGGUACCGUGUCACGUAGCGGCCGACCCACUAGACGUGUCCUUUGAUUGGAACUUUUCCAACAGCGGCGAACGGUUCGAGGUGGCCAGCGGUCAGUUCAAUCUGCUGCAGGAGUUCCACCCGGAGGGCAUCACCCAGUCCCGGUACGACGCGGACGAGGAUAACUCAGAAACGAUCUACGAGCUGCUGUACACGCCGAAAAGUGAGCGUGAGUACGGGACGCUGGCGUGCUGGGCGAAAAAUUCCAUCGGCAAGCAGGUCGAACCGUGCCUGUUUCAAGUAGUACCGGCAGCCAAGCCGGCCCCAUUGCGCAACUGUACCCUGCGGCCCUACUCGACCCUAGUGUCGCCGACGGGUCCACAGCACAGCCAGAAUGCUUCCGCCGCGUCAGCAUCCGCCUACUCGUACACGUACGGCGAUCCGCCGAGCAGCCACCCGGCCGGUCGGCAUCCAGGUCAGCACUAUCGGGACACUAAUUACAUUGUGCCGCAAUUCGUUAAAGAUCGGAACGUGCCACCGGCCGACCAGCGGAAUGUUACAGUGAAAUUUAAUCAGAAAAAUCCCAACCCCGGCGCGACCGGUUCCCGCGCCACCGGGCCAUCCACUGCCUCGCUGCGCUCCUCCUCCUCCUCCUCUUCGUCCGCUGCGGUGAAAGCUUCCGGCGCGGUUUCGAACCGUCGAGAUCGGCGUAACCGCACCGGUGGCGGUUUGCCUUCGAUCCGCGACACCGAUACGGCUCGCCUAACCGCGGACGGCGGGGAGGAAAGCAGCGCCGGAACCGGAUCAAAGGAACCGCUUGCCGAUCCACCGCGCCCUCUGCCCGCCCAGCCGCUCGAAAUGGUUCGGCGGCGGGUGAAAGCGGCCACGAGCGACGAGCAGAACAGCCGCACCGAGCUGCUGAACACGGCGACGGCCGUCCUGCUCGGCGAGGGCGGUUCGGCAGCCGUACUAGCAUCGUCGGCGGUCGGCAACGAUCCGACCGAGCAACAGCGCGGAAGUCGACUGCGCCGGUACACCACCGCCCACCAACGCAACGCCAGCCUACCGGCGACGAACAGCGGAGGCAGCGAAGGCAACAGCAAUCAGCCUUCGCAUCUGCAGCACAGCAGCAGCGACGAUCGAGCCCGGGGUGGAAAUAAUUAUCACACGCCGGGCAAUGCAGCAGCAGCAGCAGCAGCACCGAUUGCAUCGCAAUUAAGAUCGAAAACGAUACGCCACCAAUCGACACUGGCCCCGCCCGCCCCACCAUCGGCCGCCUCCCUCGCCAGCUACGGUGGCGGAUUUUCCGGUGUGAAUGGCGCCACCGGACACGGGCCCACUUCCUACGGAGGCAAUCAUCAUCAGCAUCAUCAGCAUCACUACGUAGGACCGGGGGACGCUGGUGGCGGCGUUGGUGGUGGCGGAGGUGGUGGCAGCCACUCCGCUUCCGUGGGGAACGAGCUGCAGCCCACCAUGAUGGAGCUCGAGUGUGUCGCCGGGUACGAUGGUGGCCUGCCGCAGCACUUUUUUCUCGAGGCGUACGACUCCCGGACGCGCAAAUUGCGCCUAAACAUCACAAGUGCCCUUAACGAUGUGCCGCUCUUCCGGAUCGACCUGACUGAACUAAGUCCCAGCGAAGCCUACACACCGACCCUGCACCUGAUAGCGUACAGCGUGAAUCAGAAAGGUCGUUCCGAGCCGACGAUCCUGGAGGAUAUAGCAAUUAAUGAAGCUGAAAAAAGGACCGAGGGAACGGAAGGCUUAGGGAUACUACCGUUUGCGGCCCUGUUGACCGGUGCCCUCUUCACCAUCGGUAUCGCUGUCCUGCUGGUCGUGGUGCUUGCCAUCCGCCGGAAGCGUGACGGCCACGGCGGUGGUCUGUGUGACGGCAAGGAGAAGCAUAUAGGCAUGGACAUCACGGUAACGACACCGCUCGAGAUGGGCAUGGGACAGCAGAAGUACGUCGUCGCCUACACGCUCAAGCAGGGCGUCGAAAAGCAGCCGGACAUACUGAGCGCCCAAAAGACGGGCUCGGCUAGCGUGCAGUCGAUAAAGGACAUCGGCACGCAAAAGCUGGGCUCCCCGGUGGGCUUGCGGGGUCCCCCGGCCACCGGUACCAUCUACGCGACGGGGGGCGGUGGCUACGAUCAGCAAAAAUCGACCCCUUCCAGCCGGCAGAGCACACUCAAGCGAACGGACGCUUCCGCUAACAGCUACUGUCUGCUUCAGCAGCAACAGCAGCAGCUGAGCAGCACCAGCAAGCAGCCGUACCCGGGCGAGCUGGUCGAGUACGAGAAACCGUACACGAACUACCAGCACACACUGCAGUACAACCACAAUCCGCCACCGCUCGUCGAUCCGUACGCGUACAAGAGCUCCCCGCUGGGCGGUGUGCCCGAGGACCAUCCCCAGCAGCAGCAGCAGCAGCACCACGGUGAGCCGGGCGUUGCGUCCAAUCCAACCGGCUACGAGUAUCGUAGUGGAAGCAGCCGCAGCAACAGCGGCAACCUGAAGCAGGCGGCCACCGGCCUGAACGGGGGCGGAAAUCCGGAGUACCGAUAUUCGGGGUCCGAGUUUGUGACGGAUCUGCUCGACUUCAGCAGUGCCCCGUCGCCCUCGUCCAGCUCGACCGUCGGGGCGACACUAACGAAGACGCGCAACCGUCAGCACAUCAUCACCGACACGCUGCCCGGACCGGAGAGCUGCGUGUAGAGUGACCCACUCGACAACGAACCGCAACCGAGCGAGCGAGCAGCGAGCAGCGAGCCGGCCAGGCUUACGCUAAUCCGGAAGAGUACUUGCACAAGGGCCGGUCUGCUAAACCCGGUCACAGCCGAGCCGGGCCUGCUCGUUAACGGGACAAUAAAAACCCCACGCACGGACGGACGGAUCUCUUUUGGCGCGUUAGAUUAAAACUACUAGCAUGGCGGGAUUUUGCGGUGGGACAAAAACACCAACGCCCGCCCGGUGUCGUUCAAGCGGGCAUGUUAUGGUUAAGUGUGGCCACACCAGCAAAGGCAAACACCUUCUUUUUUUAAGGAUGAUGCUGGUAAACAAUCCAAACACAGGCAAUUCCAGCUAAAUACAGCGAUGGGAAGAUGCGACCGCACGGGCAGGAAAACCUCACGCAGGCCGGUUGUACAAUGAACCAUGUAAGCAUGCUUUCCACGAAUACAAUCACACCCGGCACGGCCCACGGCUCUCACUCGAUGGUGCGGCUCAGGUGUAGCGACUUUGUGCAGCGAAGAAUAAAUAGACAGUCUUCCAUUAAGCAAACGAGACAAAACAAAGACAAGAACCCACACACACACACGCAUGGUGAUGGUAGAAGCGGCGUCGCUCUAGAUGAUCUGUGUGCGAAAAAAGAAAAACAAAAAAGGCCCCCGUUUUCCCGGUUAGGACGAACUAUGUUACGUAGGCAAUACAUGUGUUGAACAAAAACGGUUAGGUUAAUUACUUCGUUUGUACAUACGCGUUGGUUGGGUGACGGGGAGGAAGGAAGCAGCAUCGUUUAACGAGCAGACAUGUAGACUGAUAAUGUAAAUAUUAGUUGAAAGCGAGAGUUUUUUGUUUUUGUAUCUGUUCGAACGCUAGAGAAAUAUUUGAUUUUCGCACGUACGGUGGAGAUGGUUAGCAUCCAUUUAACGGUUAGCAAGAGCUGGUAGAUGAUUAUAAAAAAACAAGGUUGUUUAACUAUUGUUUUGUACUACUUGUUUCAUAAACAAAAAGAAAACACUCUGGAACUUUGUGAUGGAGCAGCCGUUUUGUUUUGGAAAACCUCGCACGUUUUUGCAGACAUUUAGCAAUCGUUAUACUGAUAGACUACUCCCGAGAAUGAACGUUGUUUUCCAGCGUAGUGUACCACUUAGAUAAAGAAAAGGCCCCAACGCAUUCACACACACACACACACACACACACACACACACUAGCAUAUCCAAACCAACAAUAAUAUCAACCAAACGCUACCAACCAUAUCGAUCAUAUCCCAAACUUCCCUUUUCCCGGGCGCUAGAUGUACACUGGCGCACGGCCUAUAUCCUCAGACUGAAGAAGUUACGGUGAGAGGGAAACCGCGUGUCGGAUCGUUUGAUCGUUUCGCUUGUUUUCUCAACCCAAUCCUGAGGUGUGACACACAUACACGACUUAUUAUCUGUUAACAGGAAUGGCUCACAUGAAUUGUCAUGUCAUGAAUUUAUCCCGGCCCGAUAUGCUCUCUUUGUUAAAAAUUGCCGACGGCAUCAAUAUUGUAAACAGGCGUUAUCAACACCUUGUUAAAAGACAACACGCAAACACCGUGAAGCAUCCGUUAGUGUAUGGUGUGGACAGGAAUCACGCGUGUAAAAAGCAGAAAAAAAGCAGCACUAACUCGUGUCGUAGCUAAAUACAGAAUCGAACCGAAACGAUGUUGUCGAUGCUUUAAGGAUCCGGCGCGGUCCCUGCACGAAACCCCUCGAUAUCUCCCUAAAAAAAAUAGUAAAUUUGUACAUAUCCGUCUAGAGUGAACUGUUCGUGCUCGUGCAGCAGGACACUGCUGGCACAUUAGCCAAUAGCAAAAAGCUUCCCGAAUUGCUAUCCUUUUUUUUUCUUCUUGUAAAUAUACUGUAACAGAGCCAUGCUUUCGACUCGUGUAACGCGUGUACCAUAUGACCAUAUCCUAGGACAUUUUUGUCAAUCCAUUAAGACCAACUCUCGCAGCGAACGGUGUGGAUGAAACGAGAGGCGUUGCUUACGUUGUAGAUCUAUCGAUGCCGCUCGUUUGCGCCCGCUGCAAGUGUGUACAGAUGAACCAAACGCGUAGUACGUGCAUGUUUUGGACAGAGCAGUCGGCCUCAGUUCCCCAUUUUCCUGUACAUAGCUAUGUUUAAGCGACGGGUUCAGCCACCGCCGAGCCUAAAAAUCCUUCCGCAGGAAGCACGCAAACGUUUUCUUCCGUUGUAGGAGCAGCAUAGGCAAACAGGAUACGGCAUACAAAAGCACGUUGUCUUAAUGUUGGUGCGAAAUGAGCCCUUGCAAGCAAGCAGCUGACUCGGAGCAGUUUCGCAUUGUCUGUAUAUGUGUGUGUGUGUGUUUGUGCAAUAUACUGCGACGAAUGUGUACGACGAUGAGUCAAU